UGCCACUUCACCAUACUGCCAUUGCACAGUAAUCUCAUUCAAAAUCUGUAAUCAGAAAAAUAUAAAUGCUGAUUAAUUUAAAUGCCUUAUUAAAAAGAAACAAAUACACAGAACGCAAGACCCGAAUAAACUGCCUAAUGUUUCGUCCUAUCCGAUUGUUUAAGACUGCAUUUACAAAAGUAUAUACAAUGGAGGUAUGUUUGACCAAAACAUUACUUCAGAUUUUCUCAUUGAUAAAUUGACAGCGAUGUGUUGAGUAACACUAUCUGAAGGUUGUGGGAAUAGUAUGGGUAUUUUUGUGUGACUAUUCGGUAUAAGUGACGGAAAUGAUUCCGAAUGUAAGAAGAUGUCUUCUAGUACUUGCGCUUCAGGUCCUCAUUUUUAUUGGUACUCAAGCAUCCAUGGAGUUAAAAAACUUAACGGCUUGCUAUGGAAUUACUGGAUUAGCUAACUUUCUACAACCUUCCUGUCCUGGUGGACAGAAAAUAGCCGUACGAGCCUUGUACACCUUAGCGAAGUACAAAUCAUCUGGUUGUCCUCAGGAGCAGACGACAUCAGCCAUCGAUCCCAGCUGUUGUGAAUAUGAUGUCAAUGACUGUUCUUAUUUCUAUGACUUGGGGUCAUAUCGUGCAUACUAUCAGAGCUGCAAUGGAGAAUCAUCAUGUACUAUACCGGUGUCUUGGAUAGACUUGCCAACCUACUGCAAUAAAUCUGUGUACAUUGAAAGAACACACUAUAUGAAAAUGGAUUAUUAUUGUAUAUCUGAUCAAGCUUUAGAUCCAUGUUCUGAUCUCACAACAACUGAUUCUCCCGCCUUUUUCUGGAAUGCUGGAUUUCCGUCGGAAAUGACGUCAGCAAUCACUUCCUGCUCAUGCUCCAUUGAGUUGUCCUGUGAAACAACAGUCCAAAUUACAGCCCUUGAUCUAAAUUUCAAAGACGUUGGGAACUGUAAACAGUCCAUGGAAAUCACCGAUGAUUCUUUGUCUGUUACCUUGGACUGUUCUAGUAACAAUGACUACCUGCCAAAGGUUCUUUACACAAGUUCUGGUCACUUUAUUACCAUUAACUUCGUCAACAACCUUGGCACGACUGGAGGAAAGUUUUUCAUACAAAUUCAAGGAUUAAACCCGACUGGACAAAUUACUUUAUCCUGUGGUACAUCAGCUUUAUCAACGCCUUCAGUGGCUCCCAGUAGCCUUGCUAAAUGUCCCAUCGACGGAGAGACAACCAGUACUAAUUCUACUGACCAGUCAACCACCAUUCUAACUUCAACAGCCAUUAAUUCAACUCUUACGUCAACGACCAGUAUUUCAACAACAGUCGAGAUAUCAACCAUUAAUUCAACUUUAUUAUCCACGGAAUCCUCAGCAUUCUCUUCAACAGACAAUUCAACGGAAUCAACCACUGACACCUCAAACAUAUCAACAAUCAUUUCAACUAUAUCGACAGACACUUCUUCUAUUAAUGUUGAUACAACUCUAAAUGAUAAUGUUACCCUGUAUUCAACAGAGUCAGCUACGAAUUUGAGUUUAUCCACAUUCAAUACCUCAGAUAUGACACCCGAGUUCACAACUCUGAGCUGGGUUAGCACUGAAAACUACUCCACAGCUCCCACGGAUGUCAACGUCACUUCCUGUUGUUCCCAACCUUCCCAUGAAACCGAAGACACCCCUGUCUAUAUCAUUGUUGUUGUGAUACUGGUGGUCAUCCUAGCAGUAGGGGCUCUGAUUCUGUUUUAUAAGGAUAGAAUAAAGGAAUGCUGCUGCGCAAAAAAGACCAAAGGUGAUGUUGAAGACAACAAUAAUGAAAUUAAUCCCGUAUUUCAAGUCAAUCUGUCUGAGCAUUCUAAGUUCCAAGCACUCCCUCCAAUAAGGCAUGAGUUUAAAAUGAAAACAGAUUAUUUAGACAACCCAACCCCGAUUACACGUGAGCAUGGGCUAUUUCUAAAAGCUCAAAAGCGCCAGAACAACAUAAUUAAAAACAGGUUAUCGGAAAAAUCAUGGAAUACAGGUAAAAGUGAACAAAUCAAACCAGAAAAUAUACAAAAGAAAAAGAUCAAACCUGGUAAAAAGAUAAAAGAAGUUAACUUUGAAAGAGCCAAUAACUUGCAAACAGGAGAUUUAAGUAAAGGUGAAAGAAAUAGCGGAACGGGACAAGGGCAAAAACAAAAGGGUAGAAAAACAAAAUGGAGAAAAAGAAAAGGGAAUAGAAAAGUAGCACAAAAAGACGAUGUGAUAGACGAUAUGGGAACAAAUUCUUCUGUGCCAAAUUCGACUUUAGGAGUAACAUCCCCCUCUACUGCAAGGCGAUCCUCUGUGAGUGCUACUAUUGACAUUGUUGAUGAUGAAGGGCAGCUGGAGAAAAGCGUUUUAAUAGAUAAUGUUGUAGAAGAUCUCUUCAGUGGAAAUAUGACAAAUGAGUAUCAAUAGAGUAGUUAAUAUAUAUAUAUGUCGACAUUAAUCUUAAGGGUGUAUACAUGUGUGCAUAUUGCAG